AUGGCGUUUAAGUUCAUCGCAUUUGCCGCCCUCUUAGCCGUUGCCUCUGCCGGUAUUCUUCCAGCAGGCCCAAUCGGCUACGCAGCUACUCCUGUAGGUUACGCAGCUCCCGUGGCUAAAGCCGUGAUAGCAGCACCUGUAGCCAAAGCUGUCGAAGACUACGACCCCCACCCACAAUACAAUUUCGCAUACGAAAUUCAAGAUGGCCUUACCGGUGACAACAAACACCAACACGAAUUCAGAGACGGAGACGUUGUUCAAGGAAGCUACUCGCUCGUCGACGCUGACGGAUUCAAACGCACUGUAGACUACACAGCUGACCCACUUAACGGUUUCAAUGCUGUUGUACAUAGGGAACCUUUGGUGCAAAAAGCUGUAGUAGCUAAAGCAGUUGCUCCAGUAGCUUAUGCUGCUCCUGUAGCUAAAAUCGCUGCUCCAGUAGCGUAUGCUGCUCCCGUAGCUAAAUUCGCUGCUGCUCCUGUAGCGUAUGCGGCUCCCACUCAAUACUAUCACUAA